AUGAAAAGAGUUGCAGACUGCGCUCCUCAUUGGACGGGAGCUGCUUGCGAUUGGCCGAUCUGCGUUCACGGACGGGCAGAUCCGUCAACAAAGUUAUGCAGCUGCUACAAUUACUACGCUCCGCCAUUUUGUAUUUCGUGUAUGCCAGGAUAUUGGGGAGAAUCAUGCGAUCGGCAACCAUUGAAAAGUGUGAAAUCGGCUAGCGAAUUCCCGAUCGCCAUUCCACCAGCUCUCGUCAAACCAUUAUUCAUCAGUAUCAUUCUUCUCAUAUUAUUCCUUAUUUGUUUCUGUAUAUACCGGCUUCGUCAAUAUGUUCUCGGACGUCGUCCACCGAAAUACGAAGACAUUGCGAAAGAUCUUCCACCGCCAUAUACCAACUAG